UCGGGAAAAAAAAGCGCCUGUUCAAGCCGCCAUCUUGGCACCUUUUUCAUAUGAAGAGAAGCCAAUACUGCUUCGUCAAUAGAAAAACCCGUCACAAGGUAGGCGACUUCAUGGAGACGUCGGCUAGCAAAGCGCAUUCUACAAAGUUGUUUUUGACAAAUUCAAACAGAUCAUUGGGUCGAAAGGUCCUCUCGCGCUGAGCAUGUGCAAUCCGUCAAAACCAAAGGUACUCCUUCGACAAAGUUGUUUUUGACAAAUUCAAACGUGUCAGUUUGUCACUUUCACGAGAUUGGAGUAAUAACAUGUUCAACUAUUUACGAUAUUGUCUCGAAUCUAGGUUGUACCUUCAGAUUAAGAAGGGAAACUACUAAGGAAAACCUUUUCACUUAUCUCAUUGAUUUAUCAAAAACCAUACCCCGGCCUGGUCUGUUUCGCAAGCUUUCUCGGAAGUCUCGCCUCUGGGUUUGGAAACUGACUAUAACCGUAGUAUUAGAUUACAGUUUAUUGAAAAAGUAUGAUUUCAGCAAACAAAGGGCACGCAACUACAGAGGACAAACAUAGGUACAAUGUGGGCGUUUCAUAAUUUACAUUUUUUUUUUCAAAGUAAUUGACCUUGAGCGAAUCGAUGUAGUUGGGACUACAUGCCACAAAGCCUGGUCUCGGCUCCACUCAGUUGGUGAAGUUCAUCAGAAAAUUCUUUCACCAUAUAGUUGACUCCUCUACCUAUCCAGCAAAUGUGUAACACGCUACAUUAGCUCGCUAACGCGUUAUAACGUUACAUCUGGGAAAACUAAGCUCUCAUGGUUGUGGAAACCAUGCCAUUUUUCUAUCGUUACUCACGCCAAUAUAAAACAUGAUACGCAGUCCACUUACUCUGUAGUGUGCCAUUAUGAAAUUAACGUUAAACCUUGGCUUUACUGCUAACUGACGUUCUGACGACUCUCACCGCCUGCAACAACAAGCAAGUUUCCCUGGUAGCCUUGAAGUCAAUACAAGCACGCUCGUGCUUAGAGCAUGCGCAGUGUAGUUUAUUGAAAUACUUUCUGUACGGUCUUUUUCUGCCCUCUGCUGGUGAUUUUGUAGGCUUCACACAGACAGUUUUACACUUUAUAUUUUGAUUGAAUGUGGAUUCAUUCCACAGAUGGAAAACAAUACUGGAAUGACAUUGAUUGUAUAAUUGUACAAUGAAUCAAAGGGAUACAUCCAUCGUGAGUUGACCCCCCCCCCCCCCAGUCAAAACAAAAUAUCUCCAGUUGAAAGGUCACAAAACAAGCAUGUGCCCUAGCAGAGAUACUGUAUAUAAUGACGAGAUGCUCUUGUCUCCGCACUAACUAGCGGGAAGGCAUACGGUCUGUUUAUCGGUCUCAUUUGAGGUAUACAUUAACUUCUUCGUUCCUUCUUCUUCGUUCGGUCUGCUUAUCGCUGUAUUCCCACAGGGACAGAUUUUGAUGGGAGUGGACCCUCUCGCUUCGUUUCGUCCUCUCUGGCAGUAGCCUACUUGGUCAGCUGACUGCAAAACAUCUGACAAGGGUAGAACCAGUCUCGGCAGAUUGACACCCUGGUUAACCAACUAUUAUUCGCAUCCUAUGUACAUCGUCCAAUUAGAUUCGGAGGUGAUUGAAGAGCAGGGAAAGGGAAACAUAGGGGACCCGAAGAUCUGAAGGAUAAUAUUACAACACACUCUGGAUUUGCAAGUAACAUUGGCAUUAUUGAUGCAUUUAAACUGUAUUUUACGUUUUAUUGGCGGUGUGGAAGGAUUUUUCGGUAAAAGCAGGAUUGCGUAAAACUAAUAGGGUGAGGGGGGAUUGGGGGAAGCGAGCGUCGUCGGGUCAAAAUGUCGAUUCAGUACGAAGUGGAACCGCUGGCAGACAGCUACGGGGUAGCGGACUCGUUUCCCAAAGAUUUUGGCUAUGGAGAAGAGGAGGCCGACAUCGAGGAUAGCCCAACUCCAAUUGACAGCAAACCUAGAAUUCUGUUAAUGGGUUUACGAAGAAGUGGCAAGUCGUCAAUACAGAAGGUGGUAUUCCACAAAAUGUCUCCCAACGAGACGUUGUUCCUGGAGAGCACCAACAAGAUCUACAAGGAUGACAUCUCCAGUAGCUCGUUUGUCAACUUCCAGAUCUGGGACUUCCCGGGUCAAGUGGACUUCUUCGACCCCACCUUUGACUACGAGAUGAUUUUCAGAGGCACGGGGGCUUUGAUAUUCGUUAUUGACGCACAGGAUGACUAUGUGGAGGCGUUGGGCAGACUCCACCUCACCGUGUCGCGGGCCUACAGGGUCAACCCUGAGAUUAACUUUGAGGUGUUCAUCCACAAAGUGGACGGCCUCUCCGACGACCACAAGAUCGAGACCCAGAGGGACAUCCACCAGAGAGCCAACGACGACCUGGCAGACGCCAGCCUAGAGAAGCUUCACCUCAGUUUCUAUUUGACAAGUAUCUAUGACCACUCAAUAUUCGAGGCCUUCAGUAAAGUGGUCCAGAAGCUUAUCCCACAGCUGCCAACACUGGAAAACCUUCUAAACAUCUUUAUAUCUAACUCGGGCAUAGAGAAGGCCUUUCUGUUUGACGUGGUCAGCAAGAUCUACAUCGCCACAGACAGCAGUCCGGUGGACAUGCAGUCUUAUGAGCUGUGCUGCGACAUGAUCGACGUGGUUAUAGAUGUCUCCUGCAUCUAUGGUCUGAAGGAGAACGGCAGUGGUAGUGCCUACGACAAGGAGUCCAUGGCCAUCAUCAAGCUGAACAACACCACAGUCCUCUACCUGAAAGAGGUCACCAAGUUCCUGGCGUUGGUCUGCAUCCUCCGGGAGGAGAGCUUUGAGCGCAAAGGCUUGAUAGACUACAACUUCCACUGUUUCCGGAAGGCCAUCCACGAGGUGUUUGAGGUGGGCGUUUCCACACCGUGGACGGGCUCCCAGGCGGCCGGCACGCCCUGCACCAAGGCUGUGACACUUAACGGCAUGCCCCGGAGCACUGUCUAAACACAGACAGACAGACGGAGAGAUGAUAGGAAAGGACAGAAAGAUCUCAAAUAAAUAGCUGGGAAGGGAUCGUGCGGAGAAGACUAAUGGAUUGGGGUUUUCAGUAAACCAAUCAUAACUCUCCACCCAGAUCCUAAAAAUCACAGGAAGAGGACUAGAGCUAAAAAAUUAAAUGAGUCAGGGCUGAACCCGAAGCUCAGAGGGGAAGGAGGACUGCGAGCUGACAAAGCUAGGAUGGAAGGGAAACUAAAUGCAGAGAUACCAGGAACAUUCAUACAUUUCGUGGGAAUGCAAGGCAUUGUCGCCUGCUAAAUGAAAGUCCAACUGGACUGGUAUACACAAGCAAAAGCGUAUUUGGCAUUUGGGAACUUUCAGUGAGAUAGGCCUCAUGUGCUGCAAGUCCCAAGAGCCCAGAGGAAGCUUGGUAAUAUCGUUGUCUGUUUUAGCUGCUGGUUCAUCCAUGUGAAGAAGUACUUAAUUUUCAUUUUUAAAUGAAACAUUGAUGUAACCCUCGAUAAGGACAAGAAACUGCAAAGGCUGUGUGGGGAUCAGUUUCGUUGUGUAACCCUGUGCAGACUUAUGGGUCGAAGUCUCUAAGAAAUGCUUGGUGUUUAUCCAAAAUGCACAUAGUAUGCCACUUUCUCAAGGCCUUAUUUAGAUUGAGCUUGCCUGUUGCAAACUUUCUCUCACUACUCACUUGCCUGUGUGCUGCCCAAGACUUUGCUUCUGGUUUCACUCAUUCUGAAGAAAACAGGGUUCCUCAGAGUGCAAAAGGGAUUGUAGUAUCUACCUUUUUCUGCUUCUGUUCUGCGUGUGUGUGUGUGUGUGUCUGGAAAAGAAGAUAGUUGGCGUUUAUGGAUUCAAGACUGCCCCAACAUGUUGAUUUGCCAGUGUCGGCCCUAUGCUCCAAGUUGCUGAAGUGUCAUACUGUAUAAUGAUAUGCCAUGUUGGAAAACUGAGCAAAAAAAUUAACCUGUUACCAGCGGUUUGAUCAGUGAUGCUUAUAGAUUCUGAAACAACAUUCUAGAUUCUAUCUACAAUUUGUUGCAGUUGGAUAUCGGAUUCAUUAGAAUCUUGCACAGACAAAAUAUUCUAAAUAUAGUCUUCUGGAAAUACCUCAUUGCACUGGCUUAUUCUCUUGGCUAUCAAAUGAGUACAAGCACAUUCUAGAUAUAUCUAUCUCCCUUAUGUAUAAAGUAGGCAGUUUAGCCAUAUUUUCUGACACCCAAUCGUAAUACUGCCCCGCAUGGAUGCUUGCCAUAGACCAAAUGCUACUAACAGCCAAUCAACUAUACCAAUCUUCAACUAAUGUGGGCAACUCCUACAUGUAUGACGUCACACGUUCUUUGAGCGUGACCCUUUACCCGAGCAGGUGGAGUCCGAUGCCAUUAGCAAUUAGCUAGUCUGGUCCCAGAUCUGUUUGUGCCGUCUUGCCAAGGCGUGACCAUGAAUAAAAUAGUUGGCAAGACGGCACAAACAGAUCUAGGACCAGUCUAACCAGGAAAGGUCUCUGAUGGGAUCUGUACAUUCCGGUUGUGUGGCAUAUAGCGACAUAUCAUUUUAAUGAUGGUUAUGAUAAUGAUAAACAGAAUGGUGGCAAUUAAAUGCCGGUCACCACGUCUUCAAACCCUGCCUUACGCGAUUAGUCGAUUUCAUUCACUCAUCCACCAUCGACGCCGUCCGGCGCAUAUAGGACAGAAGCAACGACUUCUCCACUGUGCUUUAGCUCCACUGAUGUUGGUCAGCAUUUCGGUGUCUAUAUUAGGUCAGUCUCAAGAGUCACAAGGAGUUGGGCCAUUGCUUCUUGUUUGUCUGAGGAGGUUGGGGUUUAAUGCAUUAGGCCAACAGAUGUGGAGUGUUCUUCGCAGACGAGUUGUGUGGAAGGUGAAUUGUUUGUUCAGGUCCAGUUCAGUCACUUUCCAGCACUCUGUGCCAUAUAGAACAACACUGGUGGAUUUAGAAUUUGGUCUUUGUGCUGUUGUCUUCACUUACACAUUUGUUGGAACUUUGUGAAGGUUUCGCUUUCGCUGAGGGUUCUGUUCAAGGACUUUGUCAGUUUUAUCACAGCAAUCCACACGCAAAACAAGAACCGCAGCAUGAAGCCAAUAUGAAAACCCAUUCCAAGCAUGUAUGCAAUGAUGUGUCGUCAAGCUAAAUUAUUCUCAACAUAACAUUGCUCAUUGUAUUUCACUGUGGGUAAGGGAGACCAGGUCUAACAAUGAAAAAUGAAUCCUGGGAAAAAAAUGACCAAACUGUAUUAUUCUGCCCUGGAUGGAAGAAUGGUGUUGUUUUUUUUGGCUGUUUGUUUUGUUCAUUAGAUUUUUGCAAAUAGUAGACAUUUGGGACUAUAGUGAAUCCACUGUUGUCAGUUCUGCCAAAGUUUUUAUCAUUCACAUGAAAUAAACACUUGCACAUCAAAAGCAAA